AUGGCUACCGAUUACAGCAAAAAGACCAACGCUGAUUUGGUCGAGGUCCUAAAGGCUCGCUCACUGCCUCACACUGGCAAGAAAGCCGAUUUGGUCGCCCGCCUCCAGCAAGACGAUGACAAGAGCUCGGCCCCAGCUUCCGCUGAGGCCACUAAGCCCGCUGACAACACCGAAGAUGUCAUCGACUGGGACGACGAUGAACCUGCUGAGACUGAGACAGUCACUGUGGCAGCACCUAGUGAGGGUACAAACUCUAUCGCCGCUGACAAGUCUGUCGUGACCGAACCCGUUGCUGUGUCCGCCGAGAAACCCGCAGACGCUCCUGCCACAACUGCCGCCGCUGAGACCGAGGCUGCCCCCGCUGAAACUACCGAGACCGCUCCCAUUGAAGCUGAGAAGAAGCCCGCAGUCGAUUACACUCGUGGACUUCCUGCCACUGAGCUGGAGGAAGAGCUGCGCAAGCGCAAGGCCCGCGCCGAGAAAUUUGGAACCGUUGAAGACUCCGCGACUGCUUUGAAGGAGGCCGAGAAGGCUGUUCUACGCGCCAAGCGCUUCUCUACUGGUGCGCCUGAGGUCAGUGAUAGCACUAAGACCAGUGUCGGUGUCAAGGGUCUCGAUGAAGCUCUCUCCAGCGAAACUCAGCGCAACAACAAUGGCAAGCGCGUCCGUACCGACCGCCCGGGCCCUGGAGGCAAGCGUCCAAAUCUGGGCCGCCGUCACCAGCGUGGUAAUGGCAACCAAAACCAGAGCCAGAACCAGGGCCGCCAUGGCAACGGCAGCGGCGGUCAGCGAUCCAACGGUCCAAACCGCGGCAACCAGAACCAGAACCGUACCGCCGGAGCUGGUAACAAGGUCCAGGGCGGAGUACAGAAGCCAAACUGGAGUGAGAAGGAUACUUCGGCGAUGGAGGCUCGCAAGAAGCGCUUUGCUACUGCUACUUAG